UGGCCGCAUGACUGUAAUGGGGGUGGAGGGAGGGGGGCGUAUGUCUGCCUUCCUGCCUGGCGGCGGCGGCGGCCUGGCUACUAAAUCGAGUCGCUCUGCUCCUCCGUCUUGUCUGCUUUCCCCAAGUUUCUUGUGCUGCCUAAACCAGAAUUGGUUUGUGCGAGCGAGUGGGGAAUUCCAUGGCCGCUGGAGAGAGAGAGAGGGAGGGAAAAUCUGCUUUUCUGAGCGCAAGUGCGGCUUAGUUCUAACCUUUCACUAAGGAGAAAUGUAGAGUGAAAUGCAGCUUUGAAAUGCUAAAUGCCUUGAUUAGCCCAUAGAAAGAUUGGCGAUUGGCUCCUGAGCAUGUGGGACACUAUGAACGAAGAGCAGUUUGUUAACAUUGAUUUGAACGAUGAUAAUGUUUGCAGCGUGUGCAAAUUAGGAACAGAAAGAGAGACUCUCUCAUUUUGCCAUAUCUGUUUUGAGCUAAAUAUUGAAGGAAUACCAAAGUCUGAUCUUCUGCAUACAAGAUCCUUGAGGGGACACAGAGACUGCUUUGAAAAAUUCCACUUAAUAGCAAACCAGAGUUGUCCACAGUCAAAACUCUCUAAGAGCACCUAUGCAGAAGUGAAAAACAUCUUGAGCAAAAAAAUCAACUGGAUUAUACAAUAUGCACAAAACAAAGAUUUGGAUUUGGAUUCUGAAAGUUCCAAACAAACACCACACCGUCUUUUUAGCUUCAGACAUCAAAGAGAGAGAAAGCUACUUCCACAGUUUGAUGCCCAGGUCCCUAAAUAUGCUGCAAAAUCGAUAGAUGGAAACUCUAGAAGCCUUUCAAACUGUUCACAAAGUAUCCUGGAACCAAGAGAACCCAGUGAUUUUGGACUUGAUGAUAUGCUGCAACAAACAGGUGCUACUUUUUGUUGUAGUAGUACAUUGUGGUCUAGUCAUAACCAGCCAUCAGAGACAAGAGAAGCGAAAAAGAAUUCCAGUCCCUGUGUACAAAACAGACAUCCUCAGUAUAGCAGGGAGCAAUUGAGUAUGAUGACUCUUGGAGAGGUGGAGCAGCUGUAUGGAAAACUUCUAAAGCAAAUCCAAGAUGUAUUUGAAGAACUGACUAAGCAAGUACAAGAAAAAGACUCCUUGGCUUCCCAACUUAAUGUUCGUCACAUUGCUAUUGAGCAGCUGCUAAAGAACUGUUCCAAAUUGCCAUGUCUGCAGAUGGGACGGGCAGCGAUGAAAUCGAAUAUAUCCAUAUGACAGUGAGGCUUGCAUAUACCAACUUAAUUAAGCUCUCUCUCUCACACACACAAUUGCAGUCUUGACCAAUAUUUGGAAACAUUCAAAACUAGUUUGACAAGAUAGUGUUUCUUUUUGAAACAUACUUUUUCUGGAGAGGAGUGUUGACUCUGGAAGUCAUCUGUCUGCCAUAAUAAUGUUCCUUCUAGUCACUGAUUUUUUUUUAAAAAAAGUAUUUUGGUGUGACUUGAGGGAUUCUUGACUGCCUGUGAAUCUGGCAGAGAAACACAUGAAACGUCGUUUUUAGGUACCCAGAAAAUGGUGGCGCAAACAGUGUUCAUGCAAUUUGCAUUUCUUAUUUAUUGCAAGCAAUAUUUUAUUACUGAAAUUUUAUACCAAAAGAAACUAUUUUUAGGUACUUUUCCACAUCUCUUUAUAUUAUAAAAUUUUGAAUGAUUCUAGCUAACAUUUUUGCCUUGUGUAAUGAUUGUUUACCCUUUUUUCAGGUCUGUGUAUUUAUCUUUCAUGAUGCAAAUUGUUCAAAAAAACUUGUUUCCCAAAGACACAAUCUCAGUGGCUGUAGUGCAUUACUUUUAAUUUUGAGCAAUGUAAAAUUUAUUGGGCAUGGAUUGUAUCUUAAUGGAAGAAAUUUAAGCAUAGCACCUCUUCUUGGAAUGAUGGGUCAUGUUUUGUUAAAAUGUGCAGAGCUGGAGUUUGGUUUUGUAUGUGCAUUUCUAAUGCUUAAUAAAAGUCUAUGGCUUCAAAGAAAUAAACCUAUAAUACCUCAUGGAAAAAGUUGUCUAUCCUUUUUUAAUGUUCUGUUAGGACAAACUCUACACAAUGAAAAUUAUUACUUUUGGAAGAGGAGUGGGGUAAAAUGCUUGACCCCCUAUAAAUGCCAUUGACUUCUAAUACUAGGAUCAGACUCCAAAUACCUGCCAUAGGCGUGAUCAAGGCUUUGUCUAGGGUUUUUUUUUGGGGGGGGGUAGGAAAGUGCUAUACACAUAUGGACAAAUUUGUUGGUACCCUUACAGCUCAUUGAAAAAGUGUUUUAUGCCUCUUUAAAAAGUGAUUAAAUGAAAAGCAAUUGUCCCAUGUAUACCUGCAUGCCUUUGGUAUGACAUCAAGUAAAGCAAAGCAAAUGUUAAAAGAGAAAGUAUUGCUUAUCCUACAAAGAUAUUCUAAAGUGGCCUGGACACAUUUGUUGGCACCCCUAGAAAAGAUCAUAAAUAAUUGGAUUAGAGUGAUUUUUCAGAUUAGCUGUUUUCUUUAAUUAAUAUCACACAUGUCUCCAGUUAUGCAAUCAGUCAUUCAGCCUGUUUAAAUGGAGAAAAGUAGUCACUCUGCUGUUUGGUAUCAUCGUGUCCACAAUGAACAUGGACCACAGAGAGUUGUCUGAGGAGAUCAGAAAGAAUAUUAUAGACAAGCAUGUUAAAGGCAAAGGCUAUAAGACCAUCUCCAAGCAGUUUGAUGUUCCUGUGACAACAGUUUCAAAUAUGAUUAAGAAGUUCAAGGUCCAUGGGACUGCAGCCAACCUCCCUGGACGUGGCCACAAGAGGAAAAUCGACCCCAGAAUGGGCAGAAGGAUAGUGAAAAUGGUAGACAAAAAGCCAAGGACAACUUCCAAAGAGAUACAAGCUGAACUCCAAGGUCAAGGUCCAUCAGUGUUUGAUCACACCAUCUGUAACUUUUUGAGUGACAGUGGGCUCAAUGGAAGAUGAUCCAGGAGGACUCCACUGUUGAAAGAAAAACAUAAAAAAGCCAGACUGGAAUUUGCUAAAAUGCAUAUUGACAAGCCACAAUGCUUCUGGGAGAAUGUCCUUUGGACAGAUGAGACAAAAUGAGCUUUUGGGCAAGUCACAUCAGCUCUAUGUCCACAGAUGAAAAAAUGAAGCUUUCAAAGAAAAAAUGCCAUACCUACUGUGAAACAUGGGGCAGGCUCAGUUAUGUUUUGGGGCUGCUUUGCUGUGUCUGGCAUGGGGUGCCUUGAGUCUGUGCAGCGAACAAUGAAAUCUCAAGACUAUCAAGACAUUCUGGAGUGAAACGUACUGCCCAGUGUCAGAAACCUCUGUCUCAGUCGCAGGUCAUGGAUCCUCCAACAGGAUAAUGACCCAAAACACACAGCUAGAAGAACCCAAGAAUGGCUAAGAACAAAACAUUGGACUAUUCUGAAGUGGCCUUCUAUGAGCCCUGAUUUGAAUCCUAUCAAACAUCUAUGGAAAGAACUGAAACAUGCAGUCUGGAGAAGGCGUCCUUCAAACCUGACACAGCUGGAACAGUUUGCUCAGGAAGAGUGGGCCAAGCUACCUGUUGGCACGUAUUGAGAGCUACAGGAAUCACUUGUUUGCAGUGAUUGCCUCUAAAGGUUGUGCGACAAAAUAUUAGGUUAAGGGUCCCAUCAUUUUUGUCCAUGCUAUUUUCAUUUGUAUUAUUUGAAAUAUUCUGUUGCAUCAAAACUCUAAAGCAAAGUCUGAUUUUAGUUAAAUGUGGAAUAAACAAUGAUAGUUGCCAA